GGCUUCCUGUGUCCGUCCGUUUGCAUGCCACUAUCAGUUGUGUGGAUGUCCAUAAAUCACUUCAAGGCCAUGGCCAUUCUGUUUUGUGUGCAACAGAUGUGCUGCCCACAUUGGAAAAACACCACCCACCAGCCACCCACCCACCCACCAGCAACACCCACACCCGCCCACCCAUCCAUUCAUCAGCAAGACCAACAGACAAGUGGAGCAAUCGCAAGGCAGCGAAAGCACACAGACAGACAGACAGACAGACAGAGAGACAGACGAGCGGACACACAGAGAGAGAGAGACAGCGAGCGAGCAAGAUUCACCCUGGCUUAUUGCUGAUCGCUUGUUUGCCCAUGUUGGUAUGCACAUAAACGACUGACUUGUCUGUUAUCAGCAGCAACACAUCUCAGCACUUUACAAUCGGCACAUCUCUUGCGAUGCGCUUAUCCCCAAAACCACCCAUUCCCCCCCCUCCGCCGCACCCCUCCGCCGCACCCCUCCGCCCCCACAUGAGCUCUUCCCCCCGUCUGCACAAGCCGUGAUUCGCAUAUCCACUUCCGCCUUAGAUCAACACACCACACGUGCCACACACCGGACCGACGGGCAUAUGAAUUGGCCCCUUUGCGGCGUGCGGGCGUAGACGUCAUAUCUGUACAUCAACAAGCUCACAUAGUUCUCACUGCGGCCAGAGAUCGAUACAAGCGGUGAGAGAGGUGGAGAAGGAGAAAGAGAAAGAAAAAUCUAUGGCAAGAAUCUCAGCAAGUGACUUGAAGCUCACGCAUUCACGUCCAUAUGCAGCGCAGCAGGCAGACGCCAAUUAGUUGUACGCAAGACAGCGAAAGCAUACAGACAGCAACAGAGAGAGCGAGAGAGAGGCAAGACAUUUCCCUGGAUUCUGAUUGUUCAUUCGCUGUUCCCCUUCCCCUGCACACACUGAUUGUUCGUUCGUUGUGUCGGUAUGCAACCCCAGCACCCGACCCAGCUACACGCAAGAGACAAGAGAAAGAACAGUAGAGGUUUGAUUGUUUCUUCGUCAUGUCGGCGUGCACAUCAACGAACGACUGACUGACUUGUCUGCUCCCAGCAGUAUCACCCUAGGUACGCAAGGCACGGCGAAAGAUGAGGAAUGAUCGGGCUAUGUGCAUAUGCGGCCCUCUGUUGUCACAUAAACCGACCAUGCAGCAAGUGAAACACGUCCACACAUGCACCAGUACCAGCGUCAGACAGUGAUACACAGACACGGAGAGCACACGGGCAGACGGCAAGAGUGAGAAAGAUAUGGAGAAAGAAAAACAAUCUCACCUCUUGUUCGCAGCCCCAAAAGGAACCCAUACACACCCCCAGCACUCACUCGCUCACCACAGGCCUUGUUGAUUCAUUCAUGCCGUGAACACACACACACACACAACACACACACACACACACACAGAGAGAGAGAGAGAGAGUAUAAAAGAGAGCCACGCAUCACAACCCCCCCUCCCCCCAGCCCUCCCUCACAUCUGUCAACCCAUCACUUGUCGGUCCCGUCUCCCGAUUUGCCCUGCUGCUCCUGCCCGUCAUCACCUGCAGCCACGGCGCUCUGCUUGCCACCUGUGGACUUGCGGCCCCCUCGUCCCACAGCAUCAGAGAAAUCGCAAGCCGGAAGAUCAUCUCGGUCGCUGCAUUGCAUCUCGGGAUAGCCAAGGGCCCCCGGGCAGACAGGGAGGAGAGAACCACCCGCGGCGCUAGCCUCGUUGGUGCAGCACAGCGCGCAGGGUUGUCUGGAAUCCAUCGGGGGUGGCUCAAUGAUCUGCUGCACUCCCACACCAAAAGUGUUAAUGCCACUUCUGCACAUCGAUCCAAGGCAGGGCAGAUUCUCCGCCUUGCCGCAGCAGAAUUCUGGGCACUCGGGCAAGGAGCCUGUUGGUGUUGUCGUCUUUUCGUCAUUGCUGCAGCAGGACGGGAAGUCGCCGAGAGCAGGAUCAUCGCUGCAUGACCCAUCGUUGACGUUCCCCGGGCACACGGGCAGUCGAUUCGCCGGGUCCGAUUCGGCGGUCUCUCGGUUGGUGCAGCACGACGGGCAAAAAAAUAUUAGAAGAAGAGGCACCCGAGCCCCCUCCGAAUUGCUUCGGCUGGACAAGCAACCCAGCAAAUCCGGGUUCAGCAACAGGAACGGGAAGACAAAAGGGUCCGGGGCAUGGAUCUUGGCCUGGUCAACCGCAGCAGAAGUCGGGCUCGUCACACACCACUCUGACCGGGCACUCCUUGGUGCUCGUCCUCUCAGUGCCGUCAAACUCGUCCUCGACGGUAACCGUGGCCUUCACCUUAGCCGUGCCAACCGUGCCAGAAUCGACGUCUUCACCUGCAAGAUGCACACAUCCUAGACAAACCCCAUUCAUUCUGUGUGUUCAAUGAGCUGACUGCAUUGCUUGGCUCUGAUGACAUUUCCAGUGCGCUUCACUUUGAUGCCCGGGUCUGCUACAAUGGACUGGAAUACACACGGACACAGGGACAGACAGCCACGAUGCAGAGACGCAAAGGGGACGCAUGUGAUGCGUGAGUCGACCUUGACUUCGAAAUUGACAGUAGUAAGCUCUCGAAGUGCGUUCACGUCAUCUUCGUCCUCUGAACGCAACCCUCUGUACGUCGCCCGGAAGAGACUCUCGACCUCUGAUGUCAAGAGCCUAAUCUUGUUGGGUCCGCCACCUGUGGCGAAGAGUGCUGGAGGCACGAACUCGUUAAAGCAUCUGCAGGCAGUGACAGCAGGGACACGUGUACGCAGCUUGCCUGCCUGCCUGCCUGCCUGCCUGCGUCUGUGAGUGCGUCUGUGCGUGCGCGCGUGUGUGCUCACUCGAGUUCUGGAUCCUGUUUGAAGCACUGGAUCUUGAUGGGGCAUGUGGUUGGCCUGCUUUUCACCCCGUCGUUCCUCUUGACCACAAUCGUGAUGGGCACACGGAUCCGCCGCGCACCAAUGAGCUCAUCGACGCCAUCAUCACUGAGGAUACGCGGAGUAAUGCAAUUGUCUAAUCCUGUUGUUGUGUUGCAGCCAGACAGAAGACAGGCAGGCCAAUUGAUUUGUGUGUCUGUGUGUCCAUCCAUCCAUCCAUCCAUCCAUCCACGAAAACGUACGUUCGCAUGCGAUUUGCAGCUCGAAGCCAUCUCCUGAUAUGUCGGUUGAUAUUUUGAUGCCCUCAGCGUUGUUGCCUCGAUCGGUCACCAAGAAGCGGAAAUCCUCGGGGAUGCCGACGUUGACGAUCCUGAAUUUGUCUGCAUCGACGUGAUGAGAUCAGAGCUGGGCACAAAGCCCUGCAGGACAAACAGCGGGUACACGAGUGAGAAGGUGCGAAGGUCGUGAAGGUACCACUUCAGCAAAUGCGGCGAGGAGGGGUGGUGGGUCCUUACACCUGACAGUUGACAGACAGACAACACAGGCACUCAGCGAUGAUUUCGCUCUCAUCUCUGUCUGUCUGUCUGCCUGCCUGCUGGCCUGCUUACGUGAUGAUGUCAGGCCUAUCCUCACAGACGCCUUCAUCCUCGUCUAAGACUUCACCUCUAUCCCCACUUUCGUCUCCUCCCUUGUUACAGAAACCCGAGCAGCAGUUGGCACCAUCCGUACACUUUCCGUCAGCUUCCACACACGCAGCACACUUGCCCAUGUCCUUCGACUCGUCUCCGGUCUCAUCUGCCUCGCUAUCCUCGUCAAAAUGACAUAUUUUGACGCAGCACUCGUCAUCGGUACUGCAGGGCCUGCCGCACUCCUUGCAGUUGCGGCGGCCGAGAGCGCCGUUGUGCUCUGCCGUUGCCGUGUCAUUCAGCGGAGGCUGCUGCUUGGAUGCCUGCUGCUUGGUGGCGGCGGCUUGCUUCACUUUUGGCCUUCGUGUGUCGUCCUGGAGCGAACGGGUGAGGGCCGCAUGGGGGGAGCCCGCACGCAGCAGCGCUAAGAGAGAGACAGAGAGGGACGCACACACAGUGACCACAGCGGUCUCACUGUGUGAGAGCUCACCAGGCGAGAUGAUGAGCAGCAGGACCGGGAAAACUGACUCACGCAUUGUGCGUUGCUUCGGGGAAGGCCGCGAGGGGGAGGGGGAGGGGGAGAAAAAGAAGGAAG